GCAGCCUCGCGGCCGCCCUGCGAGCUGGCGGCGGGAGAGCAGGUCCGGGAGAAGCCGAGCCGCGCCUUCCCAGCCGGCGCCCACAUGCAGCGCGUCCUCACCUCCCUGCGCCUAACGCGCCCCUGGAGGUCCCCUCCGGCCCGCAGCUGUGCCUCGGCGGCGGCAGCGGCCCGCGACCCGGAGAUCCAAGUGCGCGCCCUGGAGGGUCCCGACAAAGGAAUCACUGAGAUUCUGAUGAACAGACCGCACGCCCGAAAUGCCCUGGGAAAUGUCUUGGUUAGCGAGCUGCUGGAAGCCCUGGCCCGGCUGCGGGACGACCGACAAGUGCGUGUCCUGCUCUUCAGGAGUGGAGUGAAGGGUGUGUUCUGUGCAGAUGUGAACUCAAGACUCAGAGGUGCAGACCUGAAGGAGCGGGAGCAGAUGAGUGAGGCAGAAGUGGGGGUCUUUGUCCAGCGGCUCCGAGGCCUAAUGAAUGAGAUUGCAGCCUUCCCUGCACCCACCAUUGCAGCUAUGGAUGGGUAUGCCUUGGGUGGAGGCCUGGAACUUGCCCUGGCCUGUGACCUUCGAGUGGCAGCUUCCUCAGCUGUCAUGGGGCUGAUCGAGACCACCCGAGGGCUCCUCCCAGGAGCAGGAGGGACCCAGAGGCUGCCUCGGUGCCUGGGGGUGGCCCUGGCGAAGGAGCUCAUCUUCACAGGCCGACGACUGAGUGGGACACAGGCCCAGGCCCUCGGGCUGGUGAAUCACGCGGUGGCCCAGAAUGAGGAGGGCAAUGCUGCCUACCACCGGGCACGAGAGCUGGCCCAGGAGAUCCUGCCCCAGGCCCCCAUUGCUGUGCGGCUGGGCAAAGUAGCCAUUGAUCGAGGAAUGGAGGUGGACAUUGCAUCAGGGAUGGCCAUUGAAGGGAUGUGCUAUGCCCAGAACAUCCCCACUCAGGACCGGCUAGAGGGCAUGGCAGCCUUCAGGGAGAAACGUCCCCCUAGAUUUGUGGGCGAGUAACUCCCAUGUAACCUCAAGCAAGGGAGAUGCACACCUUAAAGUGCAGGAUCCUGAAGGGACAUUUGCAGCGUGACUGCCCUCAUUUCACAUCUCUGGGCUUUGGUUUUCUCAUAAGGACAAUAAUGGAUGUAAAAUGACUGAUAUGGUGCCUGGUACUAAGGUGCUGACCUUGCCACCUACCGCUACCAUCAUUCUUCCCCACCCUGUGUAUAUAAUCACCGGGGCCCCGUUUGCUUUGGAGAAUGCCUGUCUUUCCCUACUCGAAUGAUAAACUAAGGAUUAAAACAGA